AUAGAGGAUGGAGACGUCGCUGGGUGUUUGUGGGAAUCCCUCCCGGCUCGUCCUUUUGGGACGGACGGUGGCGUCCGCUUCCAUCCCUUGGUUUCCAAUCCAUCUCAAUCCUUGCCUAAUCCUUUCGCCCUCCCAAUCCCGUAGUCCAAGGUAUCACGCCUCGCCCCCUCGUCUCCUUCUCUUUCCCGUCGUCCUCCUGUCGUUGCCCUCCUCUCUUUCGCUCGUUUUUCUGCUGUUUGUUCGCGGAAAAAGCUGUGCAAUUCCGAUCCGGUAUCGAAAAAUCGUGGCUUGGGAUUCGGUUCGUUGCUUGAUUUGUGAUCGGGGUUUCUAAGCCUUCAGUGAUGGCAAGCAAGACCUAUAAGUACCAGGCACAGGUACUGGUUAGAGAGUACCUGCUAGCAGAUCCAUUUGUCCCAUGCACCUCUGUGCUUGGGGGCAUUUUCAUGUGCAAGAUGGCAUAUGAUCUUACUCAGUUAAUCAGUCCAUUUUACUAUAAGGGCCAUGCUUCUCUUACAAAGAUUCAACGGAUUGAGUGGAACAAUCGGGGUAUGUCUAGUGCACAUGCCAUUUUUAUCACGAUAAUGUCAUUAUACUUUGUGUUCUUCUCGGAUCUAUUCUCUGACCGUCUUGAGGGGCUAAUUACAUUUCGAAGUUCCAAUCUCUCCACUUUUACAUUGGGGGUCUCUGUUGGGUAUUUUAUCACGGACCUUGCCAUGAUAUUUUGGCUAUAUCCCUCCCUUGGUGGAAUGGAGUAUGUUCUCCAUCAUAUCAUUUCAGUAUGUGCAAUAGCGUAUGCCAUGUUAUCUGGGGAAGGGCAGCUAUACACGUAUAUGGUCCUCAUCUCUGAGACAACCACUCCAGGGAUUAAUUUGCGAUGGUUUCUUGACACUGCAGGAAUGAAAAGGUCGAGGGCAUAUCUUGUUAAUGGCGUUAUGAUGUUCUUUGCAUGGCUGGUAGCAAGAAUAUUUUUGUUCAUCUACGUGUUUUACCACAUCUAUCUUCACUAUGAUCAGAUCAAGCAGAUGCAUAAACUUGGUUACCUCCUGAGCUUUGUGGUGCCUGCAGCACUGUUUGUCAUGAACGUGAUGUGGUUUGCAAAGAUUCUAAGAGGCCUCAAGAAAACAUUGGCCAAGAGGCAGUGAAUGAACUGGAAGUUGUCUCUAUCUGCCUGUCAUUGUCAUCAUCCGCACUUUGGUGCAUCCUUUCAGCUUUCCUGUAUAAAGUCAUGUAUAAAUUUGGUGAGGAGGGAUAAAAGAAAAAGAAGCUGGGUAGUGAGAGAAUUUUAGGGUUAGAGUGGGUAUAUAAUUCUUGUUUUCAGUGUAAUUGUUGUAUAUGAAUAUGAUGCUGUAAUUUCUUCUUGCUGAAUGUUCUGCUAUGGCGAUCUCUCUUUUUAGCCUA